GUUAUGUUUUUCCUGGCGGCCACCAACGAAGUUCUCGCCGUCUGCAAAAGUAUGGUGGACUGUUGAUGUUUUGCACUUGUGUUGUCAGCUGAAUACAACGUUACGUAACGUUCAACACAAGCACAGAUGACCCUGGAUACCGCAAGACAUAAAUCCGCAGAAAUUUGUAUCCAUUCGUAAGGUGUAAGGCGGGCUUGAAGAAUGUCUUCCGAUCUUGGGCCAAGGCUUGUGAAAGCGAUUCAUAAUUUCAAAGGAAAGAACAAUGAUGAGCUCUGUUUCAAGAAGGGAGAUGUCUUCACUGUCACCCAGGCUCUGGAUGGAGGGUGGUGGGAAGGAACUUUGAAUGGAACUACCGGAUGGUUUCCUAGCAACUAUGUUAAGGAACACAGAGCAGAUGCCUCUAAAACGGGACGAGUGACAUCUAAGAUUGCGGACCACUCUCCCGUGCAGCGUCACAACAGCAUGAAGUUGUACAGGAAUAUGGUGUUCAAAGAUAUCUUGGACACAGAAGCAACCCAUAUUCAAGAACUGCAGAGCAUCACGUCCACAUACCUACAAGCCCUACAGGAAUCUGACGUCCUGAGUGAACACGACUACAAGAUCCUUGUAGGAAACUUGGCCCUGGUUCUUCGUGUCCACGUUGACCUCUUGGCAGCUCUAGACCGCAUCAAAGAAUUACCUGCAGCAGAGCAACGAGUGGGCGGGGCUUUCCUUCAAGCUGCUGCAGAGUUGAAAACUGUCCACAAGGAGUACUGCUCCAAUCACCCAAAGGCCGUCAAGGUCCUUGAGAAAUUUAGUGAACCACUAAGUCAGUUCCUGGAAAAACAUGGCGCAAAUUCUCCGGGUCUUUUGACGCUCACGACGGGGCUGAGCUGCCCGUUCCGUCGGCUCGAAAAAUACCCUGCUCUCCUCACCGAACUACAGAGGCACACAGAGGAAAGUCAUGUAGACAGGGGAGACACACAAAGGAGUGUAUUUGUCUACAAAGAUAUCGUGGCAACGUGCUCUUCAUUACGUCGUCAGAAAGAACUGGAACUGGAAGUGAUGACAGGAACUAUAAACGGAUGGGAGGGAGAGGAGAUCCACACACUGGGAGAGAUAACGCAUCUCGGACCCGUGGUUCUGGUCUCUGGAGACGAGAGGAGAGAUCGAUAUCUGGUCCUGUUUCCUUCUACGCUGGUGAUCCUUUCUCUGGCAUCCUCUGCCAGUAACUUUGUAUAUGAGGGUAAGGUUCCUACGGCUGGGCUGCAGCUUACUGUUGUGCAAGAUGGAGGCGAAAAUGGACAGUGCAGCUUUGAACUUCACGGUCCCAGCAUGUCUCAACGCCUGCAAGUCGUGUGCCAUUCGCACGAAGACCUUGAGCUGUGGCGAUCUUUUCUCGGAGGUAGCACCCCUCCCGUUUCUGCCCAACUGAAAAGAGGCAGUGGAGGCUCCCCUCGAAACAAUGUUCCGGCCCCUGUUCCACCACAGAGAGCUCCUACGCCUGUUCCUGUGCACCGUGCGGUAUCGCCUGUUCCACUACAUCCCUUUGUGAACGAAUGGAGUCCAGCACCAGAUGUGUGCGUGCCCCAGCCAGUAGUCGCGCCUGCGCAACGUGCACUCCCGUGGAGUUUACAACCGCACGCACCUCUACGACCUUCUCCAAAGGCUCAGCCUCGUAUACGGAAGCACAUCAGACGAAGAGGCCUUGAAGUAGAAAGUCCUUCUUAUGCCGAUGACAUGGAAAUCUUGCAAGUCAUCGUGGCUUACUGCAGUAGUGCCAAGACACGGUAUACAGUCAACUCAGCCAUGCUGGACAGUCCACAAGUGAUUGUUGUGGAAGAUGAAAAGAUGAUCGUUGAGGAGACAAAGGGGAAUGUGUCAGUACUACAGGAAAAGAGUCUAGUGGACACAGUUUAUGCACUCAAAGAUCAGGUGAAGGAACUGCAGAAUGAAACAAUGCAGCUGAUGCGCACAGUAGAAGAGGAGCGGAAAGCACGACGACGCCUCGAAGUUCUGCUACGUCAACAUGUGGUGUGCACGGACGAACCACUCAUAAUUACGGAAAGUGCCUGUCGAUGACACUGCGCAAUGUCGCAGUGGUAGUUUCCGACCUCUGGCUCACUCUUCAUUGUUGUUCCUGCAGAGAGUGGUGACUUUAAUCACUCUUUAAGAAGAUAGCUAGGGAGUUUUUAGCGCUAUUUAAAUUUUUUUACCUCGCUUUUAAUCCCUAGGUCGAGUAAAAAAAAUAAUCGUAAAUCUUUCGGACAGCAAAUGUACCGUACGUUUACUGCUGCAUGUCUCACCUGCGGUCAUAAUUAGGCCCUUGUGUUUUGGGUUUUUACGUUUUUGAGGGGGUUUUGUUUCAGGAGCUGCGAAAUGGGGUGAAAUCGGGCUUUAUGGGUAUAUAUAUCGGCAUAACGAAUGGCAAGAUGCCUAGCAGCUUUGUCGUUCACGUAGUGCUUAGCGUUCUCCAGUAUUUGUAUCGGUGGCUGACUCUGCAUAUUUGAAAGAUCAUUUUUGGAGAUUUAUGGGUUUUAUCCCGGGUUGUGGGAACUGAGUGUACAAAUGGGUUUUACUGGGUUUAACCUUGAAACACAAAGCCCUAGUCAUAAUGCACCAGACACAUUUUCAAAAUGUCUAUAACAGGAACUCCACCAGUAGCCAGUAACAGUAUUUGGCCACACUCAUAUUCGACCUUGGGUUGCAACCAGUGGCAGAUCCAAGGGGGGCCAGUUGGGCGAUCGCCCCCCCCCCAAACAAAAAAACAAAACAAAAAACGAGGGUCUGGAUCUGCCCCUGGUUGUAACACGUACACCCCGGUCUCUAGCCCAUUAGUGGCACUCCACUUACCAGCACAUUUUACGUGAUGAGUAAUUCAUGCAGUGCCAAGUUUUCACAGAAUGCUUUGUCAGACCACUCCUGCUAGGAAAUCGCUCGAAAAUUGUGAAAAAGAACACUCAAAAAUGGUUCCUCUAGUGUCGUAGCACCACAAAUUUGUGAGCCAUUUAUGAAAGGUAAAAUUCUCUUCGUGAUGAUAGUCGGACAUGCAUGCAGCAAUCAGCCAGUCUGCAUAUGCAAUUGUUCACACCCAUCUGCGGAUAGGUAGCACUAACUCAGAAACCACGCUUCCUGACAUGACUGAAAUGCAACGUGUACAAUGAAAAGAAUGUGCUCGUUAAAUUGGCCAGCUUGUCAUCCAGUACAAAUGCUUUAAAAGUUGACAUGAGCAAGUGAAAGAUAGGAAAAUGACCAUGCACGUAAGUGAAUUGUGUGACCCAAGAAAUGGUACCAUUGGGAUUGUAUAACUGGGUUCUCACAGUGCCUGUUAGUACAAGAACACCGACAGCAGAAAUUUCAGUUCUGUAAGUUUCUGUCUGACAAAUUUAUUACUGUCAAGCCCGUUUAUUACGAUCUUCGAUGGAACGAUAACUCCGAUAUUGCGAUCGAACUGGUGGUUCCCGUCAGCUCUCCCAUUGAACUACAUGUAAACAAAACAUCGGUAUAACGAUCGUCGCGAAAGCGCUUUCUCACAUAUAGCGAUCGGAAUUCUCCCGGCGGCCGGUAAAACGCGUGAAAAUUAGAAAGCAAGAUUGCACCAUUUUCAAUAGCCUUCGCCUCCAUGCGCGCUAAAGUAAGGAUGCAGUGCGUUGCAAGGUACGUGACUUCGAAAGGGUGGAAGGGGCUUGCGCGAAGUAGAGAACGUUGUUCCUUCCCCACAUCGUUCUCUCGUCUUCAAGCUUUUUUUCUUGUUUUGCUGCGUGCUUGCUACGACGGCGUCCGCGGUUCCAAAACACUUUUUGACGAGGAAAGACGCGUGACUCGACCCAAAGUUGCAUGCGCUCUACGGGUUUCGUACUGGUGCAAAACCGCAUUGCAUUGUGAAGUACCGCGGCUUCGAAAACGUGUAUUGGCAGACAGUUGCGUGUCGCGACAGAUCACCCGUGGCGGAGGCGCAUUCUGAUGGACCACGCAGUCCCGAUCGUGAGAACGGUGAUGACUACUACAGCAUUGGAUGACGAGCAUGGACGAGGUUGUCGAUCUAAAAAGGUGCGGCGCCUCGCACGAUAUUGGCGCAUGUCCAGCGGCGUUCUACCUGUGGCGAUCCACUUCGUGUGCGCGAACCCGAGCGGCAAUUUCUCGAAAGCUCGUUUCUAACGAUACUCUGAUAUAACGAUCAGAUUCGUGUUCCCGUCAAUAUCGUUAUAAACGGGCUCGACUGUAGCAUCAUUUGUGACGCACACAUUUGAAACAGCCAGAUUCCUUAAUCUGCACAUGUCACAUACGAAAUUUACUAACCGCAAAAAGGCAUCCCCGUAUGAAAUUCCGUGAGACAGCCCGAGCAGUCAUUUUGGAAUGAAACGAGAUGCAUUUUGUGUUAUUUGCGACAAUUCAAUCUGCAAAGUGCAAUGCGCCCUCAUUUAUUCUCUCUCGCGAGUGGACAUGCAUUUAAAGAAGAGAUGUGCUGCGUUGUACCAGCACUAUAUUGAUAUGUACAUAGCAAUAUAAAUACAUAUUAUAUUAAAUAAUUGUGCGAUUGUG